AUGAAGAGGCGCGAGGAGAUGGCCAAGGGUAAGAUAGUGGAGGCACAAGAGGCUAUCCAGGAGAGGAAUGCCUUGAUUUUGCAGAAGGCAACCCUUGCAAGGGAGAUGGAUGAGCUGAAGGAGAGGUUGGUGUCUUCUAAGCGGGCGCUCGUUGAGGCCGAACAGAAGAAGGCCGAGAAGAUAGUUGCUGCCCAAGCGGAAGCGGUCAAGUCAUACCGAACUUCAAAGGAGCUGAACAGUUAUAUCCUGGACCGCCUGGUGGAUGAGCAGAUUCACUGGGAGGAGAACUUGGUGAAGUUCAACCCUUCCCUUGAGAUCAACUUUGAUAUGAGUGGUGUGCCUCCUUCGGUUAGUCCUGCUGCCGAUUCUACUGUUGUUGCCUCGCCAGUUGAGGAGACCGUCACUACUGCCCCUGAGCCUGCUGCCGUGGAUGUACUGCCUGCUGAGGAUUGA